ACAACGGGACACAACGGGACACAACGGGACACGGCGGGACACGCGUGCGCACCGGCCGCGCCCGGAAGUGGUUGCUGGGUAGGCCCGGAAGUGGUUCGGGGUCGGCCCGCUCCGUGAGUCCCGUCCCGUUCGGUUCCGGGUUCCGUUCCGGUUCCGUUCCGGUUCCGUCCCUCCCCCCCCCAUGUCCCCCCGUCCCGCCGUCUCCCCGUGCACAGCGCCGUGGGUUCCCAGCCGCCCAUGGACACCGACGCUCAGCCCGGUGCCGUCCAACCCGCGGUUCGGCUGGACGGGCCCGAACCGGGCGGUUCCGCGGGUCGGCGGAGCGGCCCGGAGCCGGGAGCGGGGCCGGGUUCGGCCGUGAGCGUUAACGGGGGGAACGGAGCGGGAGCGGGAGGGGAGAUGGAGCAGGCGGUGACUGUGGGAGCAGAGCGGACACCGAGCACCGGGAGCGACCCCCGGGACACGGGACCGGCCCGACCCGCCACCGGCGCCGUGGAGCUGGACGAGGAGCCGGAGCUGCAGGUUCUGCUGCCCGGGAUGGAGCCGCCCGGUCCCGCUCCGCGCGAUGUCCCGGUGCCGCGGUGCCGGCCCUGCCCGCUGCACGUGGCCACGGGCCGGGGCCUGGCGGUGCGUUCCUGCUGCUCGCCGCGCUCCCGGCCCCGCCGCGGGUUGUUGUUCGCCGAGGCCGACAGGGACGAUCUGCUGAACCUGCUGCGCUACGAGGGGGGGCCCGAGCCCGACACCGACACGGCCCUGACCCGCUCCGAGCUCCUGACCGGCACCGGGCUGCACGCGCUGCGGACACCGGAGGAGCGCGGUGCUGACGGGCCGGGCGGCCCCGAGGAAAAUCCUCCUGUCAGCCGGAUUCAUGGGGAUGGGGACAGACCCGGCUGCGGGGGCAGCGGGUUCAGCUCAACGGAGCCACCGUGGGCAGAACUGACUCCUGCCGUGAGCCCGGACACGGAGCAGCCGCCACAACGUGUGACCAACAAGGAAUCCCCCCCCUCCUGCCUGGCCUUCAAAGAAGUUCCAGGCCCCUGUGACCCGGAGGAUCUGCUGGACGGUGUCAUUUUUGGGGCAAAAUACCUGGGCUCCACACAGCUGGUUUCAGAGAGGAACCCGCCCACCAGCGUCCGCAUGGCGCAGGCACAGGAGGCUGUGGACAGAAUCAAGGCACCAGAGGGAGAGUCCCAGCCCAUGACAGAGGUGGAUCUGUUUGUCUCCACACAGAGGAUCAAGGUGCUGACAGCUGACACGCAGGAGGCCAUGAUGGAUCACUCCCUGCAGACCAUCUCCUACAUCGCCGACAUCGGCUCCCUUGUGGUGCUCAUGGCACGCCGCAAGCUGCCUCAAAGGGCGGAGGCAGCGGAGGAGAAGCGGCUCUACAAGAUGAUCUGCCACGUCUUCCACUCGGCUGAUGCCCAGAUCAUCGCUCAGGCCAUCGGGCAGGCAUUUGGUGUGGCCUACCAGCGCUUCCUGGAGGCCAACAGCAUCGACCCGAGCGAGCUGAGCCCUCGCCAGUACAGCCGUGCCCUUGAAGACCAGGAGCAGCACAACGCAGAGCUGACACACUUCUCCCGGCAGGAGAACUGCAAGGAUGUCUGCAUCCGGAAGCAGAAGGGGGAGAUUCUGGGCAUCGCCAUCGUGGAGUCGGGCUGGGGCUCCAUCCUGCCCACCGUUGUCAUCGCCAACCUGAUGCACGGGGGCCCCGCAGAGAGGUCGGGUGAGCUGAGCAUCGGGGACCGCCUCAUGUCCAUCAACGGGACGAGCCUGGUGGGGCUGCCCCUCACCACCUGCCAGAGCAUCAUCCGGGAGCUGAAGCACCGGACAGAGGUGACGCUGAACAUAGUGCACUGCUCCCCUGUCACCACCGCUGUCAUCCGGCGCCCUGACACCAAGUACCAGCUGGGCUUCUGUGUGGAGAACGGUGUGAUCUGCAGCCUGAUGCGUGGGGGCAUCGCUGAGAAGGGCGGCAUCCGUGUGGGGCACCGCAUCAUUGAGAUCAACGGGCAGAGCGUGGUGGCCACACCGCACGAGAAGAUCAUCCAGAUGCUCACGCAGGCGGUCAGCGAGGUCCACAUCAAGACCAUGCCGGCCUCCACGUACCGCCUGCUGACGGGGCAGGAGCAGCCCGUCUUCCUCUGAGUGCUGCCUGUGCCCGGCUGUCACUGCACACACCCCUGGGGCCACAGCUCUGCCUGCUGCCCCAGCGCCGCCAGCAGAGGGCCCAAUCCUGCACCCUUUCUGUUGGACUCAGGGUGCAAUGGGAGGCUGUGGGCCAAUGCUCAGCCUGAGCAGCGUUAGGGCCCACGGUGCUCGUGACCCUUCUCCAUCUCCAUUCACCCCUCUCUGCCUCAGUGCCUGCGCAGUGCCGUCCCCCUGCUCCACAGGGUCCCUUGCCCCGGCCUGGUGCUGGCAGGGGAGGGGGGACCCUGCACGAAAGGCCACCCCCCUUUCCAUCACUAUAGAUUGUGCUUUUACACUCACCAAAGGUGCCUUUUCCCAGCUCCAGGAGCUCAUCCCAGGCAGCCCUGAGCAGCUCUGCCUCUGCACACCGAGGUGUGGGUUCACGCUGGCACCCCAAGGGAGAGCCAGCAGCCCCCGGACUCAGCCUUAAGGGCAGCAGCACCCUCAGCACCUGCUCCUCCUCCCCAGCUUCGCCAGGGGUCUGCUGGGCUGCAACCACCGCCCUGUUAUCCCUGCUGCACCCAGCUGGGAAACUACCUCUGCUUGCUCAGCACUGCCUUGAACUGUUCUGCUCACACAGCGGGGUAUCGGCCCUCAGGGCUGUUCCUUAAUGCAACCAAAGGGAACACGGCGUUGUUACGUCCCACAGAGCUUGGGGAUGUGAACCCCACAGACCAGCCUGCAGCUGAGGGCUCUGUGGGGAUGUUGUUCACGAGGGCACAGCUGGGACCCUUUGCCUGAGGUGUCUGUCACAACUUUGCCUGUGCUUGGUUGGGGUAAAAAAUAAAAGUCUGGGGAAUGUUGGA